AUGGAUGUUUUGUCGAAACCACUUGAUCCAAUAAUUAAUUUUGUUUGGGGUAAGAGUGUUAAGCACGUGACCUACAUUUUCUCUUACACGAAAAAUUUUGAGGAACUAAAUAAGAGAGUUAAGCGCCUUGGAGAAGAAAAACAGAGGUUAGAUGGUAAACGUGAUAAAGCUAAAAGAAAGGGUGACAUUGUUGAAGACAGGGUUGAAGAAUGGUUUGGGGAAGUGGGUGAAUUUGAGAGUAGGGUUGAGAAGUACAGGAAUAAUGCAGGUCACAAGAAGACAAGGGGUUUCUAUUAUUUAUUUCCUUACCAAAGGCACAAACUGGGUAGACAAGCAAAGAAGAUGGAAAUGGAGGCUUUGAGACUAAAAGAUGAGUGCCCCAAGGAUGACCAAGUUUCCCAUGCAGAUAAAGUAACAUCUUUUGACCGCCCUAAUCCUGGCUACAUUGAAUUUGAUAGUAGAAAAUUCAUUGUGGAAGACUUUAUGACAAAACUUAAAGAUCCCAAUAUCAAAAUUGUUGGACUCCUUGGAGCACAGGGGAUGGGUAAGAGCACUUUAAUAAAAGAAAUUGUUAGAAAAGCUAAAGAUGAGGGAUUUUUGGUUGCUGAAAUAGAUGUAACUGAAAAUCCCAAUCCACUCAAAAUUCAGGAAGAUAUUGCAUACGUGUUAGGUUUGCCAUUAGCAGGGGAAAGUGAAAAUGUAAGAGCUGAUUACCUAAGGAGGUGGUUAAAAGUAGAAAAUGUGAGCAUCCUUAUAAUCUUGGAUAACCUUCAUGAAAGAUUAGACUUGAAUAGGUUAGGGAUUCCGGUUGAUGAUGAUUAUGGCUUAAGAAAGAAGAAUGAGUUAAGCAUAAUGUCAAGUAAACAGGGUCCUGAUCGGACACAGGAUACAGCGAGCGACACACGAGGUACUGAUGAAAAGAUGCUAAAAAAAGGAAAUUUUCUUGGUGAUUACAAGGGAUGCAAAGUUUUGCUUUCUUCACGUAAUAAGAAAGUAUUUCCUUGUGAUGUUGGGCCAACUUUCAAUUUAAAGGAAAUAGAUGAAAAUGAAGCCUUGCAGUUGUUUGAGAAGGUGACCGGAGGAGGUGAUAAAAUGUCUAUGCCAAAAGAAGAAAUCCAGAACUAUUGUACAGGGCUGCCCAUUACAAUAGUUACAUUUGCAGAGGCAUUUAAAAAUUGGAGUGAGUCAGAAAGCGAACCUACACUGGAAAAAUUUAAAAGGCAAGGUCUGGUUGAAUGGCAAAAGUCUUUGGAGACUCCUAAUAAGAAAAAAUAUGACCUUCCAAAAAGUAAGGAACUCAAGUUCAUUUACUUGCUUUGUGCUCAAAUGGGCCACCUACCCCUAGUUAAUGACUUGGUGAAAUAUUGCUUUGGAUUAGGUAUACUUGAAGGGGUUUCUUCCCUUAGUGUAGCUCGAGAAAAGAUAAAUGAAUCGCUCCAAGAGCUGAAAAACUUGAGUUUGGUGUCGUACGAAAAUUCUAAUAUUCAUUUCCAUAUUUCUCGUAUGGUUCGAGAUGAUGCUUUAAGUAAUGCACUCAUGGAUCACAAUGUUUUUGCUUUGAGAGAUGGAAAACUAGAUUAUUGGCCCGAUCUUGAAAAAUGCAUUUCUAUUUCUAUAUGCAAUAGUUACAUUACAGAUGGGUUUCCUCAAGUCAUAAAUUGUCCUCAACUUCAAUUUUUGCAAAUAGAAACUAAUGAUCCAUCUUUGGAAAUACCUGAGAUUUUUUAA